CAGUUCUCAGCAUCUUUCUUGUAUGAGGAAGUGAAAGGGUUUGUUAUUCACUGUCUCUGAGAGGUGAAAUGGCGCAGCGAGGAAUUCAGAUGGACGGGGAAAAACUCUGCUGUUCGAACUGUUUGGAUCUACUGAAGGAUCCGGUGACUAUUCCCUGUGGUCACAACUACUGUAUGAGCUGUAUUAAAAGCCACUGGGAUGAAGAGGAUCAGAAAGAAAUCUACAGCUGUCCUCAGUGCAGACAGACCUUUGGACCGAGGCCUGCUCUGGUGAGAAACACCAUGUUGGCAGAUUUAGUGGAGGAACUGAAGAAGACAGGACUCCAAGCUGCUCCUGAUGAUCACUGCUAUGCCGGACCUGGAGAUGUGGCCUGUGAUUUCUGCACUGGGAGGAAGCUGAAAGCUCUUAAAUCCUGUCUGCAGUGUCUGGUCUCUUACUGUGAGCAGCACCUCCAGCCUCACUAUGAAGUCGUUCCAUUAAAAAAACACAAGCUGGUCGACCCCUCCAAGAAGCUUCAGGAGAACAUCUGCACGUUGUUACUGGGAGGUGGAGUGGAAAGGGUGCAAGCUUUUUGUAGCAGUCGCAUACAAGAAUAUUAG